AUGUCUGAGCAAAAACAGUCAGAAGAACAAAGAACCCAGGCUCUUCAGCUUCAAUUCAACCAGUACCAGGAGGCGCUUACAGAAUUGCAAUCGCAACUCUCCUCCAUAUCUUCGCAAGCUCAAGAACACGCUAUAGUCGAUCAAACGCUUUCAAGCAUACCACCUGAGAAAAGAGAAGGGCGAAAAUGUUUUAAGAUGAUUGGUGGUGUUUUAGUUGAGAAGUCCGUGGAUGACGUUAUCAAGCUUCUAGAUGAAGAGAAGAAGGAGCUCGAAAAGACAAAGACGACGAUCGAAAAGGAGCUUGUGGAGACCAAAAAGAAGAUGGACGAGUGGAUGACGAAGAACAAAGUCAAGGUGAUGAGACAGUGA